AUGCGGCGCGAUAUGACGACGAUGAGAGGUGGUAUCGUCGCGACGACGACGGCAACGGCGGCGAUGAGGAUGUCGUUGACAACAUCGUUGAUGACAUUAUUGUGGACAACAUCAUCGACACUAUUCUCGACCACAUUGUCACCGAAGUCGACGUCAACGUCAACAGCGACAACAUUGAAUGCGGUCGCCCCAUUCCGUCGCCUACUCGCGGCGACGCUAUUGCUGUUGUUGCUAGUGUCGAUGCACCCUGGCCCGGCCGCGGCCGCCUGCCGGUGGACCAGCGAGGCUGGCAACGACACCCGUUCAGCGGACUGCGCCCUUCGCGUGCUAGACCCUACGGCGAUCGUCACUCUGGCGCCGUCCCUCGAUGGCGCACUCAAACUACGGAUUCGCUGUAGCGAUGUGCAUCACUUCGAAAGCAUCUUGAACGCGCAGAGUUGGCAGCGGCUGGCCGGUCUACACGAACUGUACGUGCACGGCUGUAAGGUGCUACGUAUCCCGGAGGAUGCGUUUCUGCCAUUGCCGGAUCUCAAGCGGCUUGUUGUACAGACGUUCAAUGCUGCUUGGGGUGCCGCCAGAUACCUGGAGUUCGCGCCGAGUUCGCUUCGAGGUCUCCGCGAGCUUCACACUUUAGAGAUCGUCGAGAGCAACGUGCUGGCGUUGCCGCCCAAACUGCUUUGCGAGUUGGACAAUUUGCAGACUCUCAAUCUCACCGGUAAUCGUAUCCGUGACGUCGACGACAUCGGUCUAACUAUCCGCGCCAACAAUGACGGAUCCUGUCGUGCCGAUAUCCGGAUUCUGGAUCUAUCGCGCAAUGAAUUACGGCGACUGUUCGAUGACGGACCGCUGGUGGGCCUGCGGCAGUUGCAAGAGCUACAUCUGCAGCGCAAUACGAUUACCGAGAUCGACAAGAAUGCCCUGCACGGACUCACCGUGCUGCGUACAUUUAAUGCCAGUCACAAUGCCCUGGACUCACUGCCCGAGGACUUGUUCAAAACUACACGCGACCUACGGGAGAUACACCUGGCGCACAACGGCCUACGUGAUCUGCCGCGGGGUGUGUUCACCCAACUGGAGCAGCUGCUGGUGCUGAAUCUCGCCAACAACCGUCUUGGCAGUGAUCGCGUCGAUGAAACUACUUUUCUCGGUCUGAUUCGUUUGAUCGUGCUCGACCUCUCAUACAAUCAACUAACGCAUAUCGACGCCCGUAUGUUUAAGGACCUGUUCUUUCUGCAGAUCCUCGACCUACGCAAUAACUCGAUUGAUCGUAUCGAGAGCAAUGCUUUUCUGCCACUCUACAACCUUCAUACACUCGAGCUUUCCGACAACAAGCUCCAUACUAUAGGAGCACAACUCUUUAAUGGUCUGUUUGUGCUAAAUCGCCUAACCAUGUCCGGGAAUUCGAUUUCGAGUAUCGACACGAUGGCGUUUCGCAAUUGUUCUGAUCUCAAGGAAUUAGAUCUCAGCGGUAACGAGCUCACCGCCGUGCCGGACGCAUUACGCGACCUCGCCUUCCUCAAGACCCUUGACCUGGGCGAGAACCGGAUUAGCGAGUUUCACAACGGUUCCUUCCGCAACCUUCAUCAACUCACCGGUUUACGUCUAAUCGGCAAUGACAUCGGCAAUUUGACUCAUGGUAUGCUCUGGGACCUGCCGAAUCUCCAAAUCCUCAAUCUGGCCAGGAACAAAGUGCAACAUGUGGAAAGGCACGCGUUCGAACGUAAUAUCAAAUUGGAAGCCAUUCGCUUGGAUGGCAACUUUCUGUCAGACAUCAACGGAGUAUUUACGAGCAUCACUAGUCUCCUGCUACUGAAUUUAUCGGAAAAUCACAUAGAAUGGUUUGAUUAUGCCUUUAUACCUGUUAAUCUUAAAUGGCUCGACAUCCACGGCAAUUUUAUCGAAAGUCUCGGUAACUACUACAAAAUUCGUGAUUCUAAGGUGAAGACUUUAGACGCCAGUCACAAUCGUAUCACUGAGCUCUCGCCGUUAUCUGUGCCAGAUAGUGUGGAGUUAUUGUUCAUCAACAAUAAUUACAUCAACACCGUGCGACCGAACACGUUCGCCAACAAAGUGAAUCUUACCCGGGUUGACAUGUAUGCGAACAUGAUCGAGACGAUGGAGUUGACAUCACUGCUGCUGACCAAGGUGCCGGAGAACAAACCACUGCCAGAAUUCUACAUCGGUGGCAACCCUUUCAACUGCAACUGUUCGAUGGAUUGGCUGCCGGCCAUCAAUAACCAAACCUCAACAAGGGAAUAUCCACGUGUCAUGGAUCUGGACAAUGCCAUGUGCCGUACCUCCGGGCCACGAGGAAUCGCCAUCAUCCCGGCUUCGACCGCACGCUCGGAACAGUUCCUCUGCCGCUAUGAGGCGCAUUGUUUUGCCCUCUGUCACUGUUGCGAUUUUGACGCUUGUGAUUGUGAGAUGACCUGUCCAGCUGGCUGCAAGUGUUAUAAUGACCGUACUUGGAACACAAAUGCAGUCGAUUGUUCAGGUCUCGGGGUCGAGGAAAUUCCGCGCAGGAUACCGAUGGAUGCCACCGAAGUCUACCUGGAUGGCAACGUGUUGCGAGAGUUGCAGAAUCACGUUUUCAUCGGCCGUAAGAACAUGCGCGUGCUAUACGUGAACGCUAGUGGCAUUGAAUCCAUCCAGAAUCGCACCUUUAACGGUCUCAACAACUUGCAAAUUCUACAUCUCGAAGACAAUCGGAUACGUGAGCUCAAAGGUUUCGAGUUCGAGCGAUUAUCGCACUUGCGCGAGCUCUAUCUGCAGAACAAUAUGAUCGGCUUCAUCGGCAACCUUACGUUCUUGCCGUUGCGAUCACUCGAGAUUCUUAGAUUACACGGCAAUCGGCUGGUAACUUUUCCAGUGUGGCAAGUCACUUUGAACGCUCGGUUGGUUGAAUUAUCGCUCGGCGGCAAUCCUUGGUCGUGCCGCUGCAAGUUCCUCCAGGAGCUGUCUUCUUGGGUAUCAGACAAUAUGCACAAAGUUAUUGACAAGGAUGAUGUAUGGUGUUACUACAACGGCGACGCCAGACCGUCUUAUCGGCGUCAUUUGAAUGUCAACGAGACCGCCUGCUCGGACUACUUCGCUCAAGGUGGCGUCAUCGAGAGUAUCAUGGUAUCGGAUUAUUUGCCAUUAGUAGCUGCCACUCUCUCGGCCAUUAUCGUUCUGCUAGUUAUCAUCGUACUCGCAUUCGUGUUCCGCGAACCGGUCGGCGCCUGGGCCUAUUCCAAGUACGGACUACGAUUUUUACGUACGAAAUCGGGCAAGGCCGUGACGACAGCAAGCAUGGGUCCCGCGGCUGCGAUAACUGCGGGCUGCUGCGAUGCCGAUCGCGAUCGUCUCUACGAUUGUUACGUGUGCUAUAGUCCGAACGACGAGGACUUUGUUUUGCAUUCGUUGGCAGUUGAACUAGAACACGGCGCGGCUGGUCUGAGACUCUGCCUCCAUCAUCGAGAUUUGCCUUGCGUGUUGCGUGCCUCUGCGCCCGCACCAGCCGUCCUCGAGGCAGUAGACGCGUCUCGGCGCGUGUUAAUUGUGCUUACUCGUGAUUUUCUUCAAACUGAGUGGUCGCGCUUCGAGUUCCGCGCGGCGCUGCACGAAGCAUUGCGCGGUCGUGCCUCUCAGCUGAUCGUCAUCCAAGCUGGCCACAUUGGCACCGAGAUCGAACGCGAUCCUGAGCUGCGGCCCUAUCUGAGAACAGCGGCGCUCAUCCUCACGUGGGGCGAGAAGAGGUUCUGGGAACGGUUAAGGUAUGCCAUACCGUCGUCCACGACGACUGCAAUCAUCACUACUAGCACCACCACCACCACUACCGCUGUCGGUGACAUAUCCAUCGAGAGCAAAUCUUCACCGUUGGUGUACAAACGCAACAUCAACACCUACACACUGGACGGCGGUGUCGGUGGUGUUGGUAGUCUCGAGAAAACCGGGAUGUCGACGCUGCGUGGUGGUCAACGUGCCGCACUCUUCAAGGACGCCUCGUCGGCGCUGAUGCUGCAACACGCGCCGCCCGCCUACUCAUGCGGCGGUGCCCCGCUCCCCCCCAUGUUGCCGCAGCAACAGCAACAACAGCAGCCGCCGCCACCGUCGUCGUCGCCGGCGCAGCCCAGGUUAACCGUCAAUCACGCCUACCGGGACGCGGUGCCAGCUAGUAAUCUCGUCACAACCACCGUCGCCACUACUAACACCGCCAACUGCGGCAUUGGCGAGGACCACAGGAGACCGCUAUCCGAGCACAUCUACUCGUCCAUCGACUCGGAUUACUCCACCCUUGAGAGGACCGCCUGGAGGCAGCAGCAACCACCGCCACCGCCGCCCCCACCCACCUCUGGACAGGCCUACCUAGUUUAGCUCCCUGUGACCGACCCUGGUAUCCCCACGUGGGAUACAUGGGACUACGAUAUCGUCGACUCGACUGCAAUAGUGACGAACGACGGUAGUACCUCAUUCCCAAAAGGUUGUGCUGGAUCUCGUCCACGUGAUGUACGAUCGGUAGUUUCGACAGACUGUGGAUUCUUGAAAACGUUACGUGUUUGCCGAAUCACAGACCUCUGCGAGAUACGUGUACAUAGUUCAGGGAGAUCGUCGCGAAAGAUGAGGGACGGAAUGUUUGCAUAUAAUUAUAAUUAUCUCUGGAGACUUUAGGGAUGUCUAUCGCGAUAAUAAUUGCCAAUUUUCUUUAUUACUUAACGAAAAUUUCGAUUUUUUUCUAUCACUGGAACAUUAUCAAUGUUUUUUCCCGUCUUGUUUUU